AUGGCUUGGAGGGGGAAGGAUGGCUCGGCGCUGCGGUGGUGGCCCUGUCUCGUGGUGCUGGGGCUGGUGCUUGGCUGGACUCAUGGGACGUGUGCGGAUCACGUGACGGCGGCGGUGGAUGGGGCGGUGGGGGGUGGAGUCGGGGGCGAGGGGGUGGUGGCGUACGGGGGAGGUGUACUGGAUGUGGUGGAGGAGGUGGAGGAAGGCGACCUGCACGUAGAGGAGUCAAUCUCGGCUCCUAUUUACGUCACUAUCGUGCAAACUAACAAUGAUGGUGACCCUUUCCUCCACUACCCUCCACCUCCACCACCUCCACCUCCUCCUCCUCCACCUAAAUAUCAUCCCAAACCUACUCUUCCACCUCCUCCACCUCCUCCUCCUCCACCUAGUUAUCACCCACCUUCCCAUCCUCCUCCUCCUCCACCUCCUGUUUACCAUCCAGUAGCGCCUUAUCACCCCCCUCCUCCACCUCCUCCACCUCCUCCUCCACCUAAAUACAAACACAGCAUAGAAGUGGAUACCAAAUACUACCACGCAUCUAAUCCACAUGAACCAAGCUUCCACAAACCACCUUUCUACCAAGAGGACGUGUUUAUUGGCGAUUUCCACCACCCACCUCCACUGCCACCACCACUACCACUACCCAAACACCAUCACCCGCUCCCACACCCACCACACCCUCAUCCACCCUACCAUCCACCUGUCACGUCCUUCCACCACGUUGAUGUGAAGCACGACGCUUAUCAUCCACCUGGCUACGGUUACCACUUGGAUGUACAUGAUAGAGUCCUCGGCCAUCCACCUCCACUUGAUCUCCACCCUCUCCACUUACCCCCCCACCCUCCCCAUCCACUUCCCUACAAGGAGCCGAUCGUAAGAGUAAAGAAAGAGUACCGCAAGGGGUCAAGGUCAUUCGAAGCCUCAGUGGAUCACCUGGACAAGCUCAGAGUGGAUAGGGAACGACUCUACGACGACCCCCCUCACUAUGGCUUCGUUAAGGCCAAGUACGAAAGCCACGACCACGCCCCAACGACCAAGGGCACCACCAAGGCUACGACCUACGUCCGCCAUCUACACAGGUAUGAAGGGGACUACGUCAAGGGGUACGACCAUGAUAAGAUUGUCUACGACCCCCCCAAAGACGACUACAAAGACGAUCAUCUCUACGACCAUAAGGAUGAGGUUGUGUAUGACCACCACAAGGAUGAGUACAAGGACGACCACCAUGGGUACGACCACCCCAAGGACGACCACGUUUACGACCACAAAGAUGAACACGUUUACGACCACAAAGAAGACCACAAAGAUGGCUACGUUUACGACCACAAGGACGACCACAAAGAAGGUUACGUGUACGACCCGCCCAAGUACGACCACAAGGACGACCACAAAGAAGGUUACGUGUACGAACCCCCUAAGUACGACCACAAGGACGACCACAAAGAAGGCUACGUGUACGACCCCCCUAAAUACGACCCCAAGGAGGACCACAUAUAUGACCACAAGAAGGAUCAUCACGUGUACGACCCCCACAAGCACGACCACCACGAGUACGACCCCCACAAGUACGACCACCAUGUGUACGCCAAGGGAUAUGACGACCACUACCAUCAUCUCCGCCACCACCACUACUAUAACUAAAGGACAAACUGGAAAGCUGUUACACCGCCCGCGCCCACGACUAACACGCCCACACGCCUCCACUAUCGCCACUCCACCUCCACCUCCACCCACGCCUCCUCCUCACCCCUCCACCGCCCCUCCACCCACAAAAGUGGAGGAAGUGGACACAGAAGUGGAGUUUUUCGCUACUGUUGCCCUUCUGCGCCUCACCACGACAACUGAAGCCUCGAACCCGGUGACUGAAACCGUGACUGAAACAACUGAACCGUUAACUGAGGCCUUUGAACCUUUAAAUGAAGCAGCUCAACCAGAUACCACUACUAAGACCACUACUAACACCACUACGACGACUACUACACCUACUACUACUACUACUACUGAAGAAGGGCAAGAUUUACUCAACAGACCAACAGCGAAGGAACAGCUACAGACAGUCAGAAUCACAGAAAACGGACUCAAUGUUACGGAGAGAGAAAACGGGACAACGAGAGGUAACUUGUUCGAACUCCUUAACGUGGCGCGGACUUCGGAUGACGCUCAAAUCGAUCUGAACACUAUUGGAGGCGAAGAUCCGGACAAACUCGCCUCUUUCUUCCUCUACGAACCGGAUGAGGAGGAUAAGGAAGUAGGAGAGAGUGAUAUAAAGGCGCCACAGACACACACACAGCCUGGACACGUCAAUUUAAGCCCUCCACAGCCUGACAUGUAUGCUAACCAAGGAAACACACUUGAGAGAGAUACACAGCACACACAAACACCCACACAGCCUGGACGCGUCAAUUUAAGCCCUCCACAGCUUGAUAUGUAUGCUAACCAAGGCAACACACAGCAAGAGGGUGAUAUACAACACACACAGCAUAUAACACAGCCAGGACAACCACACACUCACCCUACACACAGCAACACACAGCAACAAAGUGACAUACAACCCACACAGCACGAACAGCCACACACUAACCCUACACAGAGCAACACACAGCCACAGCCUCACCCAGGGACCCACAGCCACAGCACACAGCCUCACGGACCAGUAAUUGUCACAGCAAACCGAACUCAACAAGAUAGACCAACCUUACCUUCACCGCCUGUCACUGAAGGAGGGUUCAGACCUUUACUAGUUCCCUCGGAGCCUCUACCAAGCCACACCCAGGAAAACAGUACGGAAGCAGUGAAAUAUGAAGGGGUCAUCUUUCCCGCCCGCCCAGCCGUCUCCUUCUCUCCCGCCACCACCACGACACCACCAGAUGAAAUGAUUCUAGUACCGACUCAAGCCAUGUACGGUAAUAAUGGUGCUAGGUACGGUAAUACGAGUAACUCCUCUCCAGCCUCAGUGUACGGUAAUAAUGUUAAAAUGUAUGAUAGCUCAGUGGGAUUUGUUGUGGGGAUGUACGGGAACACGCAGACGCAGGGAUGGGUUGUAGUGACGCCUCCUUCAGGUAAAUCUUGGAGGAGGGAAAGCCGUCAGUCCCUCCCUGUGCAUUUCCAGCUUUAGUUAACCAUUUCAGUACUGGGACGCGUUUUUUAUCUUGAGUUUUGUGUACGAUUAGACGAUUCUAUUGACGUUAGCAAGGGUCUAUGGAGGUCAGAAGAUUAAUGGCUAGAGUCUUCAUUAUUUUCAUCCCCCACAUAAGUUUCUGAAGCUCUAUAAAAUCACCAAAUAGUAAUAUGAAAACGCGUCAUGAUAUACUUAAGCUUCUGUCCACUAUAGUUAACCAUUAUGAAUCCUCGCUGGUUCAAUAGCUGCUUUCAGAGACUGGUUUAAAUUUGUGUAUUCAGAUAUAGGAACUCUCAAGGUGGGCAGAUGUACCAAAACUGCUAAACAAAUACUCUAUAAGCCUUUGUUUACGGAAAAGGGGAAACUGGCCAAGGACAACUUAAAAAUAUAUAUAAAAAGGCCCACUUAAUUGCCAGUUCCCUUAGCGAUCAAUAGUUAGACAAAGGACAGGACAAAUGUUUAGGUACACAGUCUCCACAGCUACUUGCCUGGAGGUGGUGGGUUCCUUAUCUUGACGUGAUCCAAAUCGCCAAAUGGUAAGCAGAAUAGAUGUGAAAAAACGUGUCCUGGUACUGAAGGGGUUAAGAUAUACUAGUUACCCUCCAUCUACCCACACCCCAUCCCCAAAUCACACACACACACACACACACACACACACACACACACACACAGUCGUUUUAUUUAUUGUAGCGUGUUGAUAUAUUUAUGUUGUAUUUUUCCAGUGUAGUUAUUCGAGUCAUUUAAUUUAUUGUAUGUGCAGUUUGUUUCUCAUUUUCAGCUUUGAGAAGUGUUAAUUAGGUUUUGGAUAUUAAUUUAUUCGUUGUUUCUGUAAAUAUGUAAUUGUGUGGUUUGCUUCACCCUUGAGAAAUGUUAGGCUAAAGAUUAUGUUUAUUUAUUUAUUAGAGUUUGUAAAUAUUUAAGGUUUUAGGAACAUUAAAGUACAUUUUGAAGAGUACAAUGAGAGAGAGAGAGAGAGAGAGAGAGAGAGAGAGAGAGAGAGAGAGAGAGCUGGGGAAAGAGAGACAUGAGGGCUGUACAUAGUCUGUCUGUGUACCUAUUAACUCUUUCACCAAAAUACAGACUCCAGUAACAAAACAGUCCACUUGUCAAUACUUCAACGAUAACCAUGUUCACACCACACCAGUCACCACUCACUCAUUUUCACUCACUGCCUUCCCUACGAAUAGUGAAGUGAUGGUGAUGACAGGUUAUGGUGAGGCGUCAUGUCACCCUUAUUUGUCUUUCUACUGUUUUUUUUUUUUCUUCUUCGUCUGACAGUUAUUUUUGAGGAGGGCAGGAGGACAGGAGGACAGGAGGACGGGACGGGAGGCACGCGGGAGGGCAGUAGUAGCAACAUUAGCUUAGUAUAUAGUGCGUAGUGUGUAGUGUGAAGUGUAUAUUUUUGUAUCUUUUUGUAUCCAGUAAUUGUUAAGUGUAUCGUGCAUAUCGUAGCAACACUUGUAGCGGCAGACACGUAGCGUAGACAAUAAAGUGAAGAGUUAGUGUGUCAUUCGUUGU